AUGUUCCGUCUUUUGAAAAAAACACCAACACCACCAACGUCGUUUCGUUUAUCAUCUAUCAUCAUCAAUACACCUAAAAGACACAUAAGAAUGGAUAGCAAGACUUAUGGCGUGUCCAAAAAUGGCAUCACCAUGAAGGUAGACUUGAACGAGAAGGAGGCCAAGAUCUGUAAUGUGCUUCAAGGUGUUUCCAGUUUCAUUGCUCAAGAACGACCCGAGUUGCCCAUCAUUGAAUCCAGAAUUGCUGGUGGUUGGGUUCGUGAUAAGCUUCUCGGCAAAGAGUGCCAUGAUUUGGAUAUUGCCAUCAACGACAUGAUGGGCUACGAAUUUGCUACAUAUGUCAACAAGUACCUCGAAAGUCAAGGUGUACCCACUAGAUCCAUUGCGAAAAUCGACAGCAAUCCCGAGAAAUCCAAGCACUUAGAAACUGCCACUACCAAAUUAUUCGACCAAGAAGUGGACUUUUGUAAUUUGCGAACUGAAAUCUACGAAGAAGGAAGCCGUAUACCCUUACAGAUUACAUUUGGUACACCUACAGAAGAUGCUUAUCGCCGUGAUAUCACCAUUAACAGUCUAUUUUACAAUGUCAAUUCGCAUCAAGUCGAGGAUUUCACAGAGCAAGGCAUCCCAGAUUUGAUCAAGGGAUUGAUCCGUACACCAUUAGAGCCCUUUGAGACAUUCCGUGAUGAUCCACUCCGAGUGAUCCGUUGUAUUCGAUUCUCCAGUAGAUUCAAUUUCGAUAUGGUACCUGAAUUAUGCCAGGCAGCCAAGCAUCCCGAGAUUAAGAGUGCAUUGAUCCACAAAAUCAGCAGAGAACGCAUCGGCAUUGAGUUUGACAAGAUGAUUACAGGGCCGUAUCCUUUGUUGUCCUUGCAGUUGAUCCAUCAGUUGGACUUGUACUCCAUCAUCAUGGCUCCACCUCAGAUCAUCAAGAGCGGUACAGUGGGCGAUGCGCUGUCGGCUGUGCAAGCAGUGGGCAUUUUGCAGUGGCUGCAGCAAAACGACGGAUUAAGAGCUACUUCAGAUGAUGAAAAGAGAUCACUCGUAUUGACUGCCAGUGUGUUGCCCUACUAUGGAGCUGUGUCAGAGUUUAAAAAGAGGGAUAUACCUGCUGUGCAGCUUGUGUUGCGCGAUUCCAUCAAGACAAACAAUACGGAUAUUGCUACAGUGAAUACCAUCUUCCGUGGUGUUGAUAAACUAAAGCACAUGGCCGACAACAACAUGAACCAGCCAGUCAAGCGCUCCGAACUGGGCAUGCUUAUUCGUGAUUUAGGUGCUCUAUGGCAAACAGCCAUCAAAAUGACCGCUGUCAAGGAACUAUUAGAGACCUAUCCCGAUUUGAAUUGGUCACUGGAUCCCACUGCCAUUGAUAGACAGACAGGCAACGCUAUUUGCGAAAAGUACAAUGCAUUGAUCCAAGCAGCAAAAGACUACCAAAUCACAGACUGCUAUACCUGGAAGCACAUGGUGGAUGGUAAAAGAGCAGCACAGGUGGUGGGUGUCAAGACGGGGCCUGUCGUCACUGAAUUACUCAAGGUGCAAAUGACAUGGCAAUUGGAACAUCCCAAUGGCACUAAAGAGGAGUGCGAACAAGCAAUCAAGGCAUAUUGGGAUAGUAAAUAA